AUGCCAAAUACUUUACAAAACUUUCACUUCAGUUUCACUCGUCUCAGCUUAAGGUACCUCUCUUCCCUGGCGUUAAUUAGCACCGCCGUGAAGCAUUUGACGACAUUGUCGGAGCAACCUCCAACAACCUCGUUGAUCAUCGCUACAUCAGCGACGCCUUGUUGCGCUGCCUUAUGCUGUGGUUCUCUAAGGGAAAGAAGAGCCGUGGAUCUGAAUCCCAACUUCAUACUAUAUAUUUACUGUCUGAAAUCUUCUUCCCUCGACCUUCGACACUUCUCUCUCUCCUGUACUGCUACACGGCUACACCUCAAGCUUGAAAGAGAUGGAGACUUUCUUGACCCCGAGAGCAAGGUGGCGUGUGAGACAUGCACUAAGACUAACAUGGUCAUGGUCUUUGGCUUGGAUGCGGACAAAUGCAAGGUUCUUGUUAACAUUGAGCAGCAGAGCCCUGAUAUUGCCCAGGGCGUCCAUGGUCACCUCACUAAGCUUCCUGAGGAAAUUGGUGCUGGUGACCAGGGCCAUAUGUUUGGCUAUGCCACUGAUGAGACCCCUGAAUUGAUGCCACUCAGCCAUGUUCUUGCGACAAAGCUUGGUGCUCGUCUCACUGAAGUUCGCAAGAACGGUACUUGCCCUUGGCUGAGACCUGAUGGCAAAACCCAAGUGACAGUUGAGUACUAUAACGACAAUGGUGCCAAGGUGCCUGUUCGCGUACACACAGUCCUGAUCUCCACUCAGCACGAUGAGACUGUAACUAAUGAUGAAAUUGCUGCUGAUCUCAAGGAGCAUGUGAUCAAGCCUGUCAUUCCUGAAAAGUACCUCGACGAGAAGACUAUAUUCCACUUGAAUCCUUCUGGCCGCUUUGUCAUUGGUGGACCUCAUGGCGAUGCUGGUCUCACCGGUCGCAAGAUCAUUAUCGACACUUAUGGAGGAUGGGGUGCUCAUGGUGGUGGUGCCUUCUCCGGCAAAGACCCCACCAAGGUGGACAGGAGUGGUGCCUACAUUGUUAGACAGGCUGCAAAGAGCAUUGUUGCCAGUGGACUUGCUAGGAGGUGCAUUGUGCAGAUCCAGUCUUCAUAUCCACCACACCAUUACAGGUUAAAUUUCUAUGCCAUUGUAAGAAAGAAUAGUCUGGCAAAGCAUUAUCUUGCACCAUAA